AUGGCAUCUUUGCUGCUUGUAGCCAAGAACCAACAGCACUCUGGUUUAUACAAAGUACCGCCUGCCCUUGCCAAGUGCGUCGCAUACGUCCACUCUCGCGGCGUUGUCUGGGGAGACCUCUCCACUAGGAAUGUUCUUGUCUUCGAUGACGAUAGCCUCAAGAUUUGCGACUUUGCCAGUUCGGCUCUCGAAAAUGUCUAUCCCCAUUUUGGCAUUCACACAUACGAACCGGGAUAUUGCCUUGAUCUACCAGAGGACCAAGUGCGUGCAUUGUCCAUGAUGCAGCGGGAGCUGUACGCACUCGGAUCAGCGGUCUUUGAAGUCACUGCGUGGAAAUUUCCGUACGCGGAUACCAGCGGUGAAAUUUGA